GACAAGCGGCGCAAGAUGUCGGCCACCACGGGCUUGGGUGUAAAAGUUCCUCGUAAUUUUCGACUGUUGGAAGAACUUGAAGAAGGUCAGAAAGGAGUUGGAGAUGGGACAGUUAGCUGGGGUCUUGAAGAUGAUGAAGAUAUGACACUUACAAGAUGGACAGGCAUGAUUAUUGGGCCUCCAAGAACAAUUUAUGAAAACAGAAUAUACAGCCUUAAAAUAGAAUGUGGGCCUAAAUAUCCAGAAGCACCUCCAUUUGUAAGAUUUGUAACAAAAAUUAAUAUGAAUGGAGUAAAUAGUUCUAACGGAGUGGUGGAUCCAAGAGCCAUAUCAGUCCUAGCAAAAUGGCAGAAUUCUUAUAGUAUCAAAGAUGUUCUGCAAGAGCUCUGGCGUCUAAUGAUGUCUAAAGAAAAUAUGAAACUCCCUCAACCACCUGAAGGACAAUGUUACAGUAAUUAAUGGAAAAGAACAACAACAACAAAAUCAUGCCCAUUCAUCAAUUUAAGCUCUCUCCAUUUUCCACAGUAGUAAAUUUUCUAGAUGCAUCUUGUAGACCUCCAAAGUACUGGAAAGGAAGUUCCCUUGCAAAGGAAAGUCUACCUUGAGAUACUGUAAAUGAUACUAAUUUUUUUCCCCAUUUGAAAAUAAGUUGUGCUAUAACAAAUAAUGCUGUCAUGUGUAACCACGGUCCAUAGUUGAACUUCUGGUAUCAAGAAAAAGUCUAUUUAAAUUUAUUACUGUCAAGACCAGUGUGGCACAUUGAACUCAACUGUGAAAAAGCAUAAAAAGCAAAUGUC